GCAAAGAACUACCUGGCCAUGGAUGCUGCCAAUGACUCUUCAGAGGGCACUCCAUUCAUCCUAUUGGGACUAACAACAAGUCCUGGACAGCGGCGGCCUCUCUUUGUGCUGUUUUUGGUCUUGUAUGUGGCAGGCAUUCUGGGAAAUGGACUCAUUGUGGCUGCCAUCCGAGCCAGUCCGACCCUCCAUGCACCAAUGUACUUCCUGCUGGCCCAUCUGUCCUUUGCUGACCUCUGUUUUACCUCUGUCACUGUGCCAAAGAUGUUGGCCAACUUGUUGGUCAAUGACCGCUCCAUCUCCCUGGCUGGCUGCUUGACCCAAAUGUACUUCUUCUUUGCCCUGGGCGUCACUGAUAGCUGCCUUCUUGCUGCCAUGGCCUAUGACCGCUAUGUGGCCAUUCGACACCCCCUUCACUAUGCCUCUAGGAUGUCCCGGACUGUGUGCACAGCCCUGGUAGGAACUGCAUGGCUGGUGUCCCAUGUCCACUCACUCCUACAUAUCCUACUCAUGGCCCGCCUGUCCUUUUGUGCUUCCCACAAAGUGCCCCACUUCUUCUGUGACCAUCAGCCUCUCCUAAGGCUUUCGUGCUCUGACACCCGCCAUAUCCAAUUGCUCAUCUUCACUGAGGGCGCUGCUGUGGUGGUUAUGCCCUUCUUGCUCAUUCUUGCUUCCUAUGGGGCCAUUUCAGUUGCUAUCAUCCGGCUGCCCUCUGCUUCUGGGAGGCUCCGGGCUGUGUCCACUUGUGGCUCACACCUAUCUGUGGUGAGUCUCUUCUAUGGAACAGUCAUUGCCGUCUACUUCCAACCCACAUCCCGAUAUGAGGCAGAGCGGGGUCGUGUUGCCACUGUCAUGUACACGGUAGUCACUCCAAUGCUGAAUCCUGUCAUCUAUAGUCUCAGGAAUCGUGAUGUGCAGGGGGCACUCAGAGCCCUUUUCACUGGGCGCAGGAUCUCAGUGAGUCAUUCAUGAGGCUGGAUUCCAUCAAGGAAUGAAACUGCAUCAUCC